AUGGAUCACGAACAACCAGCAGCUGGCGACGCGGCGAACGGAGGCCGCCGCAACGACGCAGUGGAGGCCGCCUUGGUCGCCUGCCGCCGAGACGAUGACGGUUUACGCGACUUCGUCACGGAGGCGGCCGCAGGCACGACGGCGGUCUCCGGCGCGCGUUCUGAGGAUCCGCGGCCGCGACAAGCCUCCGGCUACUCCGGGGCCGGCAGCGGCACCGGAGCCGCCGCGGCGUCGGCGGCUGCCGCGCGCGUCCGCCAACUUGAGGAUGUGAAGGCCAGGGACUUUCGCGAGUUCGACCACUUCGUCAGGACGCAUCUGCAGCAGCAGCAGACGCAGCAGCUUCUUACUCGUCUCCAGCGGUCUCCCUCACCCUCCUCCGCAGAGGGCGGCGGCGAGGUGGCGGCGGCGCCAGGGCCGGCAUCUCAUCUGGAUCUUGAGCUCAGACUGUGA